UUGAAAAAACUCCGGCGACACCUUCCUCUGUUAUAUCGUAUCGGGAAAGCUAGCUAAGCCACGGCGAUGAAGUGACUAAGCGACGAACUAAUACUCUACGCAUGAAGACGAAGUAAAGUCCCCAAGCUCUUUUGAAGUGUCUUCUUCAUUGCUAGCAUUCCAAAUACCAAACUGAGUUUCGAGCCAGUGUCGAUUCUCAGAGUGAGAAUUUAAAACCCAUUUCCCGCCAUGGCUGCAGCUGUUUAUCGGCAAAACUUUUGCGCUUGAUCCCUGUUCGCGGAAUUUCCCACUCUAUAAUUUGAUAAAAAUUUUCGGAUUGCAGCGAAAGUAGGAAAGAUGAGUACAGUAGACAAGAUGUUGAUUAAAGGUAUUCGGAGUUUUGACCCCGAAAAUAGAAACGUCAUCACCUUCUUCAAGCCCUUGACUCUGAUCGUUGGCCCUAACGGUGCUGGGAAAACUACCAUAAUCGAAUGCUUGAAACUCUCUUGUACCGGCGAGUUGCCUCCCAAUGCCAGGUCCGGCCACAGCUUCAUUCACGACCCUAAGGUUGCAGGAGAGACAGAGACAAAGGGACAAAUCAAGCUUCGGUUUAAGACAGCGGCAGGUAAGGACGUGGUUUGCAUAAGGUCGUUCCAACUUACUCAGAAGGCAUCCAAAAUGGAGUAUAAAGCAAUUGAAAGCGUGCUUCAGACGAUAAAUCCACAUACUGGAGAGAAAGUUUGUCUCAGCUAUAGAUGUGCAGACAUGGAUAGGGAGAUUCCUGCCUUAAUGGGCGUGUCAAAGGCUGUUCUGGAAAAUGUGAUAUUUGUUCACCAAGAUGAAGCUAACUGGCCAUUGCAAGAUCCUUCAACACUAAAGAAGAAAUUUGAUGAUAUCUUCUCUGCUACAAGAUAUACAAAGGCAUUGGAGGUCAUCAAGAAGCUUCACAAGGAUCAGGCUCAUGAAAUAAAGACUUACAAACUGAAGUUGGAGAAUCUUCAAACUUUAAAAGACGCAGCAUAUAAGCUAAGGGAAAGCAUUUCUCAAGAUCAGGAAAAAACAGAAUCUGUAAAAAGUCAAAUGGAGGAACUGGAGAAGAACAUCCAAGAUGUUGAUGCCAAAAUUCACCAUGCUGAAACACUCCUGAAAGAUGUUCGAAAACUACAAGAUCAAAUAUCUACCAAGACCGCUGAAAGAAGCACUUUAUUUAAGGAGCAACAGAAGCAGUAUGCUGCUCUCGCUGAGGAGAAUGAAGACACUGAUGAAGAAUUGAAGGAAUGGAAAACCAAGUUUGAAGAAAGAAUUGCUAUUUUGGAGUCUAAGGUAAGCAAGUUGGAGAGGGAGAUGAAUGACAUGGAGACAAAAAGUUCCUUUCUUAAGCAGACAAUUAAUGAAUAUAUAUGGGAGAUUAGCAAGCUUCAAACAGAAGCUGAGGUGCACAUGUCAUUGAAGAAUGAACGUGAUUCUACUAUUGAAGAACUUUUUGCAAGACAUCAUCUUGGUUCUGUGCCAAAUGCUCCUUUCAGUGACGAAGUUGCAUCUAACCUAACCAAUAGGAUAAAAUCAAGACUAGUGGACCUUGACAAGGAUAUGCAAGAUAAAAGGCUUUCAAAUGAUGUUGAACUUAAGACAGCCUGGGAUUGUUACAUGGAUGCAAAUGAUCGAUGGAAAAAUAUCGAGGCCCAAAAACAUGCUAAGGUGGACAUUAAAAGAGGAAUCAUGAAAAGAAUUGAAGAGAAGGAGAGCGAGCGUGAUUCAUUCGAACUUCAAAUUUCUCAUGUCGAUCUUUCUCACAUUGAUGAAAGAGAAAAAAACAUGCAAAUUGAGGUUGAGAGAAAGACAAACCAGCUUGCUGAAAGAGAAUUUGAAUCAACAAUACGUCAAAAGCAAAGUGAUCUAUAUGGCAUUGAGCAGAAAAUUAAGGCUGUUAACAGAGAGAAGGACAUAAUGGCUGGUGACUCUGAGGACAGGGUAAAACUUGCUCUCAAGAAAGCGGAGUUAGAUAAUCAUAAAAAGAAGCAUAGAAAGAUAAUUGACGAGUACAAGGACAAAAUUAGAGCAGUGCUGAAGGGGAGAUUUCCUCCAGAGAAGGAUUUGAAGAAAGAAAUCACUCAAGCGCUCAGGGGUGUUGGCAUGGAGUAUGAUGACCUAAAUUCUAAAUCUCGUGAAGCUGAGAAGGAUGUGAAUAUGUUGCAGAUGAAAAUACAGGAAGUUAAUUGCAACCUUUCCAGAUAUCAAAAGGAAAUGGAGUCAAGAAAGAGAUUUGUUGAAUCCAAACUUCAGUCCUUGGAUCCACACUCUUUUAGUGUUGAUUUGUAUCUCAAGGCCCUGGAAGGGGCUAAGGAGAAAAAAGAUGUGCAGAAAAGCAAGUACAAUAUUGCAGAUGGUAUGCGUCAAAUGUUUGAUCCAUUUGAAAGAGUUGCCCGUGCUCAUCAUGUUUGCCCUUGUUGUGAGCGCCCCUUCACAGCAGAAGAAGAAGAUGAAUUUGUUAAAAAGCAAAGAGUGAAGGCUGCAAGUUCUGCAGAGCAUAUGAAAGUCCUUGCAGUGGAGUCUUCAACAGCUGAUUCCCAUUUUCAGCAACUGGAUAAGCUCCGCAUGGUUUUUGAAGAAUAUGUCAAACUUAGAAAUGAAACAAUUCCUAAUGCAGAGAAAGAACUUCAUCAGCUUAACGAAGAGCUGGAUGAGAAGUCACAGGCCCUUGAUGAUGUGGUGGGUGUCUUAGCUCAAGUAAAGGCUGACCGGGACUCAGUUGAGAACUUGGUGCAACCUAUUGACACUGCCGACAGGCUUUACCAAGAAAUUCAAACUUGGCAAAAGCAAGUUGACGACUUGGUCUACAAGCUUGAUUUUCGAGGGAAAGGUGUGAAAACAUUGGAAGAAAUUCAGUCAGAGCUGAAUGCAUUGCAAAACACCAAAGAUGGUUUACACAAUGAACUAGAGAAGCUAAGGGAUGAACAAAGAUAUAUGGAAAAUGAUUUGGCCAACAUUCAGAUAAGGUGGCACACUCUAAGAGAGGAAAAAGUGAAAGCAGCUAAUACUUUGCGUGAUGUUAGGAAGGCAGAAGAAGAGUUGGACCGUCUGACUGAGGAAAAAGGUCAAGUUGAUCUUGAUGAAAAGCAUUUGACAGAAGCCCUUAUCCCUUUGUCAAAGGAGAAAGAUAAAUUACUUAAUGACUAUAAUGAACUAAAAGAUAAACUUAAUCGUGAAUACGAGGAGCUGGGUGAGAAAAAGAGGAAAUUUCAGCAGGAAGUUGAGACACUUCUUAGAACAACUUCUAAGAUUAAAGAGUAUCUUGAUUUAAAGAAAGGUGAGAGGCUGAAAGAACUGCAGGAAAAGAAGGCACAGGCUGAAUCUCAACUUCAAGGUUGUGACAGUAGGAAGCAGGAGAUAUUGGCUGAAUUAAACAAAAGCAAGGACUUAAUGCGGAAUCAAGAUCAACUAAGAAGGAACAUUGAGGAUAACUUGAACUACCGGAAAACGAAGGCUGAAGUCGAUGAACUUGCCCGUGAUAUUGAAUCAUUGGAAGAGCAAAUUUUAAAGAUUGGAGGGGUUUCAACUGUUGAGGCUGAAAUAGGAAAACUGUCUCAGGAAAGAGAGAGGCUAUUGUCUGAGCUAAACAGGUUUCAUGGGACAAUGUCUGUCUAUCAGAGCAAUAUUUCAAAAAAUAAAAUUGAUUUGAAACAUGCACAAUAUAAGGACAUUGACAAGCGGUAUUUUGAUCAGCUGAUCCAGCUUAAGACAACUGAGAUGGCAAACAAGGACUUGGACAGAUACUACAAUGCUCUUGACAAAGCACUCAUGCGUUUCCACACCAUGAAAAUGGAGGAAAUAAAUAAAAUUAUAAGGGAGUUGUGGCAACAAACAUACAGGGGACAGGAUAUAGACUAUAUAAGUAUUCACUCAGAUUCUGAGGGUGCAGGAACUCGUUCAUAUAGCUACAAGGUUCUCAUGCAGACUGGAGAUGCAGAACUAGAAAUGAGAGGAAGGUGCAGUGCUGGUCAAAAGGUUCUUGCUUCUCUUAUAAUUCGAUUAGCAUUGGCCGAAACGUUCUGCCUCAAUUGCGGAAUACUCGCUCUAGAUGAGCCAACCACUAAUCUAGAUGGUCCAAAUGCCGAAAGUCUUGCUGCAGCUCUUCUACGAAUCAUGGAGGACAGGAAAGGGCAGGAGAACUUUCAGCUCAUAGUAAUUACACAUGACGAGCGCUUCGCUCAGCUAAUUGGUCAGAGACAGCAUGCAGAGAAAUAUUAUCGUGUUACGAAGGACGACCACCAACAUAGCAUAAUAGAAAGCCAGGAGAUAUUUGAUUGAAGCCAUGCAAGAAUGUUUGAACUUCAAUUGGAUCUUCGUAGCUGCAAGCUAAAGCAUGGGUUAGUGUGGAAACAGAUCGGUAAAUACUAAAUGGUUAGGACGUCACCUUGCGGUGAUACAGAAACGUGACAGGCAACCUGAACAAGGCAUAGGGACCUCGGAGCAGGUGGGCAAUUUGGUCCUUUCCAUUUUUUUUACCCACCUCACCUGAUGCUGACGUGUACCAACCCCACCAAUUACCUUGCUGGUGUACGCGUAACCACUGUACUUUCCCGCACCAGAUCACUAACUGCUUUCCUUUCAAAAUGUGGAUUACCUUCGGGAUUUUUGAAGUAUAUAUUUUAAGAGAUUAUUCUUAAUUGUAAUUAUCUUCAAAUACAUCUUUAGAGGAAAAUUCUUAUUUUAUGCGUUUUAAAGUAAGAUAUAUUAUGUGAUUUUUUGACUGCAACGUGGAGGCAUAAUGAAGGUAUAAUGAAAAAAGUUCUAUGGAGUGUUU